GUGCUGAUAGCAUAAAUUAGGUUGAUCAAGUGAUGGCAGAGGAGCAGGAGCAGCAGAAAGCAGAAUUCUACAGACUGGUUGAAGAGCAGAUCACCAGCCUUGGGCAGAAGAAGAAGGACAGCUACUACAUCACUCAAGAAAGAUACGACAAGGCUGUACAGGCACUACAACAAGCUAAGGGGGUGAAGUGCCAAGAUGGGGCCACAUUCAAGUUCUGGGCUAUGAAGAACUUCACCCUCCAAGAAAUUGGAGCCAAGAAGAUUCUCUACUGCCAGAAGUCUUCCCGUCCUGUUGUCACCAAGGAAGAUAUCUUUGACACAAUAAAAUGCUGCCACUCCAGAGUGGGUCACUCUCGUCGUGACAAGACUUGGGAUGAAAUCAAGAGCAACUACUCAUGGGUUCGUCAUGACCUUGUUCAGCUCUACCUCCGCACCUGCCGAGAGUGUUCCACACGGGUUCCACUGAAGAAACCACCUGCGGGGAGACCCAUCAUCUCACUUGGCUUUAUGACAUGCAUGCGGAUAGACCUGAUCGACAUGACCAGCCGGCCAGACCACGACUACAAAUGGAUUCUCCACAUGCGGGACCACUUCACAAAGUUCAGCUGGACCCAUCCCCUGACUUCUAAACGAGCUUCUGGGGUAGCUGAGAAGCUCAUGCAGACCUUCUGCUUGUUCGGUUCACCACAUAUACUACAAUCCGACAAUGGAAAGGAAUUCGUCGCUGGAGUCAUCAAUCAGCUGACUGAGAAGUGGCCAGGCCUGGUCAUCAUUCAUGGUCGGCCGUGUCACCCACAGUCCCAGGGAUGUAUUGAGCGGGCCAAUGGAGAUCUGCAGAUGAAGCUGGGGAAGUGGCUUGAAGAAAAUCCAGACAAAGGUUGGUCUGAAGGACUUCAACACGUCACCUAUGCCAUUAACACAUCAGUCAGUGCAACGACAGGAAAAUCACCGUACGCAGUUGUCUUCGGACAAUCUCCACGCACACACUGCGCCAAAUUGGAGAUUUUGGCAGAGCAAGGACUUGAGCAUGAAGAGGACAUUCCAGAUUUCUUCACAACCACCAGAGAAUCUGAGCAACCUGAGCAGCUGACACCACCUUCCCCCAACCAGACCCCAGACAACUCAAUACAAGACCCAGAACCAUCCAGCAGCCAGCAGUCCUUAGAGCAGGAAGCCACAACAGUGCCAAUGAAGAAUGGAAGAGAUUACAGUGCACGGGAAGAUCUACGACCCAGUGUACGAGCAAGUGUUCCACAUUACCAACGUCCUGGAGCCAACCCACAUACCAGCACUUUGUAACCCAUUUGAAGAACCUCUGGCCGAAGGACAGUAUGUUGUUUGGGACUUUAUACAAACAUCACCUGUGGAUGCAGACACCCGGCAUGCAAAGAUCCGUAAAACUGCGACAGAGAAGUAUCUGAAAGCUGCGAACAGACAACAAAAGAACUUAGAUGCGAGAGUGAAAAGCCUUGUGAAAACCUACAAUCCAGGUGACACAGUUGGUAUCCAUGUCAACGAGGC